AUGUUUCAACCUGGGUUUGGCGGCGGAUUCGAUCCGUCCAACCCGGAACAUAUGUAUCUUAUGGCUCGGGGUCGGAGACCCAUCAUUCAGCGCUUCGACGAAUACUACAGAUGCUACCCGGUCGUCAUGGCCCCUGGAGCCGAACGACCAGAGCUCAACUAUGGCUCUAAAAUAAUCCUUCCUCCGUCAGCACUGGACAAAGUCUCCAAGUUGCAUGUUCAGUGGCCGCUCCUGAUGGAGAUGAUCAACGGCGAGAAGGGGAGGCACUCGCACGCCGGUGUUCUGGAAUUCAUUGCCGAGGAAGGCAGGGCUUAUAUUCCGCAGUGGAUGAUGGAGACGCUUGGCAUGGAUGUAGGCGACAUGAUUCAGAUCCGAACGACGUCUCUUGAGUUGGCGAAAAUGGUCAAGCUGCAGCCCCAGUCCGUCAACUUCCUGGAGAUUAGCGACCCCAAGGCGGUGCUGGAAAGAGCGUUUCGAAACUUUGCCACGCUGACAAAAGGCGACGUGUUCAACUUUGAGUACAAUGACGAGAUAUACGAGGUUGCCGUCUUGGAUGUGAAGCCCGAGACGGACAAGAUGGGUGUCAGCAUGAUUGAGACCGACGUGUCGGUCGACUUUGCCCCCCCAGUCGGCUACGUGGAACCGGAGAGGAGGAGCGGUGCCAACACGCCAGGAAGUUCCAGGAGCGGUGCUGCGGCAGGAGGAGUCCUUCACGGGCAGGGCACCAUGGCACAGGCCAUCGGCUUCAGCUCCAUAGCGCCGUCAGUCACCAGCAAGCCGACAAACUUCCUCGGCGAGGGACAGCGUCUGGUGAAGAAGGGGAGCAAGACCUCGACACCGAAGCCAGCCACACCUGCACCUGCGGAGACCGCCCCCGCAGCUGCCAAGAGCCGAACUGGAGCGCCAGCAGCGCUUCGCCUGGCGCCGAAUAAGCUGUUCUUUGGCUACGAGUACAAGCCCCUCAAAACCACGGCGGAGAAGGAACAGGAAGAAGCUCAGAAUAAGCGACCGCGUUUCGCUGGCCAGGGUCAGAGCCUCCGCGGCGCAAAUAAAAGGAAGGGCGAAGCUGACGACAAGUCGAAAUCCCCGGAGAAGAAGGGCUCAGGCGAAGGCCACAGACUUGACGGCCGGCCUCCGAGGUAA